CCAAAUCUCGUACAUAGGGUUAAAUGGAGACUUCUUUUCAUACUACAUGGAAGGAAAUCAAGUUCUUGCACUCCACUCCAAUUCGAGCAACAUAGGAAGAAGAAUGGAGGAUGUUUGGUACGAGCAACCGGUGGAUCCUUUGACAGGAAAGCUAUACGGAGGAGCUGUUACAUUCCCGGUACCUUUCAGUGUCGUGAACACUAGCUGGUUUCAAGCAUCUUUAAAUAGUAUGGACGUUUAUGCUUCAUUAGGAGACGGAUGGGGCGCCCGUGAUAAUGGUUCUCUUAUUCUACACAGUGCUGGAGUUGAUGGAAGAGCAAUCAUCUCUCUAGGGUUGCCGGUUAAGGCAUUGACUGAUAUAAUGGAGGGUAUAGAACUUUAUGGAGGGAACUUGUACUUGGCUACGGAGGAUGGAGAAACACUGAUGGAGGAAAUUCCAAAUACUCACAUGACCUUAGUUAACAGUUCAAUUUCCUUUCAAGUGGAGAAUCCAAAUGAUCAUGGAAUAGCUCAAAUUAGAAAUUUUCGGUGCAUACCGGAGAAUGCUACGGAAUGUAUAGGUAUUUUGGCCAUAGGAGAAACAAAAUUCAAGGUCUUCUGCUCGCAGAUUGAAAUUUUGGGCGUGCAAUUGGCAAAUGCAUUGCUGCUGCCGUACAAAGGAUCAGCAAACAUUGUUAAGGAGAACAGCAGGCUAGCACUAACUCUUUUGGCAACAAUGAUGGUCGUGGUGAUAAUCUCUGUCUUCAGCUUUGUACUUCUGAUGGUCCGAGCUGGAAGAAGAGAGAUGCACCUCUGUGCCAAGCUCAUCAAGCAAAUGGAAGCAACUCAACAAGCCGAGAGAAAAAGUAUGAACAAGAGUCUUGCCUUUGCCAGCGCUAGCCAUGACAUACGAACACCCCUAGCUGCCAUUACUGAACUGAUAAGGAUAUCCAAAGACGAAGUCCUUCACGGGUCUAAUUUAAAAUCAAAUCUCAAAGAUAUGGAAUCAUGUACGAAGGAUCUAUUAGGGUUAUUGAAUUCCAUUCUGGAUAUGAGCAAGAUUGAGGCUGGGAAAAUGCAAUUGGAAGAAGAAGAAUUCAAUCUGGGCGAGUUGCUGGAACAAGUAGCCGAUUUUUUCCAUAUUAUGGGCAUGAAGAAAGGUGUUGAUGUGGUGUUAGAUCCGCACAACGGAUCUAUCCUCAAAUUUUCACAUGUGAGAGGAGAUAGAGGGAGAUUGAAGCAAGUCCUCUGCAAUUUAAUAAGCAAUGCUGUGAAAUUUACAUUUGAGGGGCACAUAGCCAUACGAGCUUGGGUUCAGAAACCUAGCCUUCAAAGUGAAAUUCUUGCUUCUAGUCAUAGUGGCCUCAACAAAUGCUUGACAACUAACUUGUUUUGCAAGAACAGGGAAACCUGUAACGACAUAGAAGCCAUUGACGCAGUGAGACAGAAUCCUAACUCCGUGGAAUUUGUUUUCGAGGUGGAUGAUACAGGGAAAGGAAUUCCAAAGGAGAAGCAAAAGUCUAUCUUUGAAAAUUUUGUUCAGGCUAAAGAAACAGCCCUCAGAAGGGACCAAACAAAAACAACCAUUGGAAGGAACGAAGAAGAAACCGCCCUUUCUGGAACAGGAUUAGGACUUGGAAUUGUUCAAUCCCUGGUACGUCUAAUGGGUGGAGAGAUAGGAAUUGUUGAUAAACCAGCAGAUGAAAAAGGAACAUGCUUCAGGUUCAAUGUCUUCCUCACUGUAUCCGAUAUUGCCGAUGCUGAUAAUACUAGAGGAGAAAAUGAGGGUGGAGAAGAUCAUACAAGUGCAGAUGUUGUGCACCGUUUAGGGCUAACUAUUCCGACCCUCAAUCCCUAUCCGAGCAUCCAAAAUCCUAGUCCUAGGCUGGGCAUUCUCAUCUCAAGUCCUAGGCUUGAAGCAUCUCAAGUUGUUCUCUUGAUUCAGAACACUGGGCGCCGGGCAAGGAAUUUAAGAAGUGACAUGUCUAGUGCAAGUGCUAAGGAUUUCCCUCUGAGUGCCAUGGAUGGAACAGAGCAAAAACUACAGUUGUCCAGAAAGAGAGGUUUUCCGUUGUUCGUACUACUUGUGAUUGAUGCAGGAGCAGGACCGGUUGCAAAACUCGAUGAGAUUGUGUCUAAAUUUCGACGAAGCCUCCAGAGUACUUGUAAGGUUGUUUGGUUGGAUAACUCAGUUCCACGGAAAAUCAAUUCUAAAGAGGAAAUCUCUGAGGCUGAUGAUGAUAUUCUAGUAAAGCCUUUCCAUGGAAGCCGAUUGUAUCAAGUAAUUAAACUCCUACCUGAAUUUGGAGGAACAUCCGCUCCAACAAGGGAGAUACAGGAAGGGACUAGUCUGAGAAGUGGAAGACUGGGAUCAUAUCCUCCUUAUAAAUAUCCAACAUCUAAGAGGAAUUUGAGAUCAUUUCCACCUCACUCUCAAUGCCAGCCGGGGCAGAUUGAAAGACAAGAAAAAUGUGUUGAUUCAAGCAAGAAGCAACUUUGGACAGGGAAGAAAAUCUUCGUAGCUGAGGAUAACAGGAUGCUCCGCAAGGUCACCAUGAAGAAACUUGAACAGGAUGGUGCUAUUGUUGAGGUAUGUGAAAAUGGAAAGGAAGCGCUAAACUUGGUUCGCAAUGGUCUCAGAGAUCGAACAAAAAAUGGGGCUUCUCAUGUUCUUCCUUAUGACUAUAUACUAAUGGACUGCCAGAUGCCAUUGAUGGACGGAUAUCAGGCAUUAAGACGAAUAAGGGAAGAGGAAAAGGUUUUUGGUGUCCACCUGCCCAUUUUUGCACUAACUGGUCAUGCAUCGGGGGAAGAGACAAGUAGGGCAAUUACAGCUGGAAUGGAUGAUUGUCUUGGAAAACCUCUGCAGCAAGAAGCCCUGACAGAAGCAAUCAGAAAGAUCCAUGGAGAACUGCAUAUUGUUUAAGUACAUAUAGUUCGUAGCAUAUAUUGUAGUAGUUUUAUUUUCUUGGCCUUCUAUAGUAGUUAUGAAUCUAUUUGGAAGACAAAUUUAGGAUGUAGAAACAGAAUUAAUAGCCAAAUAAUAUUGUUACCGCUAUCAUAGAAAAACAACAGCUAUGUAAUCUGAUACCUUUCAGACAAUCUUUAGCUAAGAAACAAGAAGUGUGCAA